AUUGGAGGGAAAAUUGCACAUUUGAAUUUGUAUCUACAUUAACAGAAAUUCAGAGGAUUUUAUUUUUAAAUUUAAGUGUUUUAAUUGAAUUUUGAUUUUAACAAAAAUGCCUCCUUUAGGAAGUGAUGGAAAGGCAGAUACUUUAGGGACAAAUAUUGGAGAUUUAUUUAAAGGUUCAGCUAAACCAAAGAUGGCUGGAAAGGGCAAGAAGAGAAGCAGAGAAUCAGAAGAUAACCAAACAAAGAAAAGACAGAGAGUUCACCAUCCGUGUCAUGGUAGUGUAGGAGGCGUGGUUCUGGUAUGUGGUGAGGGCGAUGUGGGACAGCUGGGUUUGGGAGUGGAUGUUAUUGGGAGGAAACGCCCAGCACUUGUCACUAUAGAAGAUCCUGUUAUUCAAGUAUGUGGCGGAGGAAUGCACACUGUUUGUCUGACUGAGAAAGGGGAGGUGUAUACAUUUGGAUGUAAUGAUGAGGGAACACUAGGUAGAGACACAUCAGAGGAAGGUAGUGAGACGGUACCUGGUAAAGUAGAUGGUUUGCCGAAGAUUGUAUAUGUGAGUGCGGGAGACAGCCAUACAGCCGCCCUGUCAGAGGAUGGUCGUGUGUUUGCAUGGGGCAACUUCAGGGAUGCUAGUGGCUCAAUGGGAUUCACAACAAAUGGUAUACAGAACACACCAAUGCAUUUGUUGGAAGGGGAGACAAUUGUGAAAAUAACAUCAGGAGGAGAUCAUUUAGUCUGUUUGUCUGAUGUCGGUGAAAUAUUUACUUGUGGAUGUGCUGAACAAGGACAGCUAGGUAGAGUAGCUGAAUGUUUCUCACAAAGAGGAGGCAGAAAAGGAUUAGCAUCUAUUUUAACACCCGAAAUUGUGAGAUUUAGGAAAAAGAAAUCUGUAUUUUGUGAUAUCUGGGCUGGUCAAUAUAUCACAUUUGCGAAAGAGAAGAACACUGGUGAAAUAUAUGCCUGGGGCUUGAACAAUUAUUUCCAAUUAGGUUUUAGUGAAAUGACUAACAGAUUUGUGCCAGAGAAAGUGAAAUCAUUUGACAAGAAGAAUUGGACAUGUUUAGAAGGUGGUCAACAUCACACUAUAGCAUUAGAUGACAAAGGAAACGUGUAUUCUCUGGGCAGGGCGGACUAUGGUCGUCUAGGGCUUGGUGAGAAUAGUGGCGAGGUUAAGGAACCGACGUUAGUUAAGUUGGAGAAGAAAUGUACCAGUAUAUCUGCAGGCCAGUCUGUGUCAUUUGCUCUCCUUGAAGAUGGUACUGUUGCAUCAUGGGGUAUGGGUACCAGCAGUCAGCUAGGUAAUGGUGAAGAAGAUGAUUCAUGGGUACCAAGCAAGAUGGAUGGGAAACAACUUCAAGAAAGGAAAGUGAUACAGGUAUCUGCAGGUGGUCAGCAUACAGUGUUACUAGCAGUGGACAAAUGAUAAUGAUAGUGGAUUUUAGCGUGUACAUAAUCUGUUUUUAUCUCAAGUGCAGCUACUAUCUUCCAUACAUUAUACAAGGAAUUUCAACCGGGAAAUUUCAACCAUAUAAAAAUAUAACAAGUUUUGUGUAAUGAACUUUACAUUCUUUGAUAUUUGAACUGUUAACUGUUUAUGGUUUUCAGUUUCAAAUUUAUUACUACCAUUGAAUAGGAAAUAGUAAUGAAAAGAUUUGUGUAGACUGCAUCAAAUCUAUACAUGAGCUUGUGAAAUACCACUGAAUAGUAACGAAAUUGAUUCCAUGAAUUCUAUAAAGUGUAAACUUGUGGCCAAAAUAAUUUUUUUGGAAACCAUUCAGAUGUCGAUGAUUUGGGAAAGAUCUGCAUGCAAUUCAAAGAGGCCAUAACCAAUGAAGAAUGAAUGGAUAAAGAAGAAAAAUUGAAGAGUGUAGAAAUUCAUGGAACUAUGUUUGAAAUUUAUCUUGACAGAAAAAUCAUUGCUCUGAUAAAAUAACAGAAUAUUCAGGUACUGAAUGUUAAAUAAACUGAAAAACCAGUAAGUUGUGUGCAAAAUUUCAGAUAAUUCUUUCUCUGUUUUACCAGAAUCAUUAUUCUAACUGCGAAAAAAUUACUCAAAAUGGAAAAAUGUUGCAAUGCUUUUCACUCAUAUCAACUUUGAAUAGCUCACAAAUUUCAAUUUAUUUCUGAGUAUAAUUCUUAAUUAUCUUUUGCAUAUCUUUCUGUUUGAAGUACCUAAGCUGUUAGAAAUUGAAGUUUUUAGUUUUUGGACCUCAGUGGAUUUCCUUUUUCUGUUUCUAAAUGAUUCAUUCACACACAUGUUUUGACAUCAUUUUGCAAAUCAUUUUAUUAUUCAAAUAUUUUUUUUGCUGUUAAUUUUGAUAUAAAGUACUGAAUUUGAAGAACGAAUGAAAAAUAAAUCAUGUAAAACAUUACAGCGAUCUAGUUCUGUUUGGCAAAAAAAACUACAUCAUGUAAACUAUCGUGACUUGGGCAAUAAAUCUGACCAUAUCUUAGUUGUUUUGGAUUAAUAUUUAUUUCUUUCUUUUCAUAAUAGAUAUUUUGUUACUCAGAGGUAAGUUGUAUUUUGUAUUGAAGACAGUAGCUUAAUUUUUUAUACUGCUCAAUAUGUUUUAUCUAUUUUCAUACUUUGUCACACUUAUUUUUAAAAAGUAAACAAACACUGUAUAUAGAUAUUUUAACAUGAGAACUGCAAUUUUAACAGUGCCAGAUUUGUAAAAUAAAGAAAUAGAAUUGAUAA